AGAGGAAUACUUAGGAUGGCUUCGAGGACUGCGCUGCAGAGCAGGAAGGCCAAGCAGGGCAGGAACAUAGCUCAAGCCUCGGGGGAGGGCAGCAAGACGACCCCCGCCUCUUCUUCAGCCUCCUUCGAUGCCUCUGAACCGAAGCAAGCCAGUGCAACGCCUGGAACUCCGGGGGCUUCCGUUGCGGCCAAUGGGAGGAUAUUGGCUCUAAUGAAGGUCAAGCAGCCACUGCCCCGCCUUCAGGAAACUGGUUUAAAAGAGUGGGAAUGGAGGCAAAAAGACAAGCGUGAGGGAAGAGGAGAGAGAGGCGUCAUGGCGGAAGGAGGCCAAGUGGAGGCCGCUGUGAUCUUGGAGGAUUUCUUUAUGAUGGAGGAGGAACUUGUGGCUGACGAAACGACUGAGGAGGGUGAAAUUGAUCUUUAUGUUAAUUUGACGUUCACCUCAGCAGCUUUUGUAGAAGAAAAUGGGGCCAAAGGGCCGUUAACAGAUCUAGAGCAAGCUCCUAAGGAUGAACCCGAGGAGGCAAUGUUGUCGGCUGCUGGUAAAGAGCAGCCCAGUGUUGUGGAAGAGGAGGAAUCCAAAGCUAUAGAUACAGACCCAAUGAUAGAAGAUAAUGUUGCAGAGCCAAUGGUAGAAGAUAACAUUGCAGAUAAUGGAAGUUUCCAACCUGAGCCCCAGCCUGCCUGUGAUGCCAUGGAAGAAGAGGAAGCAGCCGUGGCUGAAAAGGAAGAGGGCCAUACAAAUGGAGCAACAGGGGAGCCAAAUGAUCUGGGAGACCCAGCAGUCAUGAAAGCUGUGCGUGGACAAUCUGCAUUAGAGGCAAUUGAGAGGGCAUCCCUGUCCCGUGCUGAUUUAGAUUUCCUAGCCUCCCCGGUACAGAAGGCUUUUCUGGAUUCCUUGGGCCUAGAACAUUCAGUCUUCCAUGGAAGAACGAUCAAGCCCUCUUCUCCACAUUUCAUGCGGCAGUCUCCUGUGAAACCCGGAUCCGUAAGGUCACCCUACUUAUUCACACCACCCCGCAGAACACGUCGGGCAUUUGGUCUCAAUCAGAGACCGGGAUAUGCCUCUCCACCUCCAUUUAGGCCAUUUUUCCCAAGUGCCAACAGCCCAACCUGGUCUCUGUCCCACAUUCCCGAUGUUCCGCCCUUCAGUCCAUCGAUUGGCAGCCAACAGAAAUUCAGCUUUCCCAGCGCCAUGACGCAGUUGCACCCUUUGCACCAGCGGAUCUUGACUCAAAGACAAAACAGAGGGCAUAAAAGAAUGCCAUGUAGAGAGCCUCGGCCUCCAAUGAAGGAUCCUUAUGCGUCACUCAUGACUGCAGAGGAAAAGGACUGGGUGAUAAAGGUGCAGAUGUUGCAACUGCAGAGUGAAAACCCCCAACGCAAUGACUAUUAUUACCAGGGGUAUUAUCAUAAGCUGGAGCAGAAGCAAGCAGAGAAGGGGCCCUUUGGAGGGUCCAAACCUGAGAUCCCCAAGCUUGUGACGCCAUAUAUCCAGAAAGUGGAGACGUACGAAUCUGUGGUACGGAUCCCAGGCUCUUUGGGUCAGGUGGCCGUCUCCACAUGCUACAGUCCCCGGAGGGCCAUUGAUGCCGUGCACCAUAUUUCAUUGGAGCAGGCCAUAGGGAAUCAACGACUUCAUGUGCUAUAUCAGAUCGAGAAGAUGUAUCUGGAGCUACUGGCUGCAGAGGACAUGCAGCAGAAACUGGAACUUGCACCUGAGGAGCAACGUUCCCAUUUCUGUGAGAAACUGGCACAUCAGGUGGAGCACAUGUAUCAGUCUCUGAGGAUCGAAGAGCCCAAUAGUGAAGAGGAAGCGAAAGACGAGUUCCUGCAGAUUCUGCUUGUGGGGAAAGGGAAGAGGUUGGUAGCCCGUCUGUUGCCGCACUUGUCACAGGAGCAAGCCAAGCGGGUCCUUGUUGCAGUUGCACAGCACUUGCCUCUUCUGAUAAAGAAGGACGUGCAGGAUGAGACCCUGCCCAUCCUCUACAGCCCGCUCAGAAUUGUCAUUGAGCACUUGGCCUUCAGCGAGCUGAUUGACAUUCUGCAGGAUCUGAUCAAACUGCAUCCGGAACCUGUCAAGCAACCCCUUGCCUUGGUCUUUGGGAACAAGUUUGCCAUCUCAUUCCUGUACUUACUGCUCAGCCAUGGUGAGAGAUGCCUGUCUUCUGGCAUACCCGAAAACACCAAUGAUGCAGAUUUUGAAAAAUGGGUAAACACUGUACUUCUCGUUGCAAGAGAACUCUCUCACGUGCCUAAAGCCUCCAUGGUGGAGCCGCUUCACCUCCCCAGCAACCUCUUGCUCCUCUUUUGCCGUUAUGUAGACAAAGACAUAGUGACUUGCUUGGAUGACAAGAUGGAGUGAUUUCUUCUGCCGUCAUUAACCACUACAGGGUGAAAUUGUGAAAAAUAGUGUCUUUCUUCGCAAAGCAUAUGGCUUGAAUGCAGUCGCCACUUCAAAACAGGAAGCUUCAUUUAUAUGUUCUGUUUGUUUUUGUUUAUUGUUUGUAGUAUCUGGGCUUUUAAGUACCCUGUGCCAAUCUGUAGAUAGUUAGUGCUGGCACCGGAGCCCAUUCCACAUAACUUACUAGGCCUGGAUGAGUUUGACGCAGGCCGCCCUUGUACAGUAAACCCUAGAUUUGUCUCGUAUGGAACUUUGUAUUAUAGAGUCUUCUUUACAGUCUUCUUUACAGCACUUAUGUACAAUAAAAGCAACUAAAACCACA